GCCGGACGUACAGGUCCUGGAAGAGUACCGGUAUUUAAUUUUUAGUUUAUAUAUAUUGAUCGAAACCACUUAAAGUUCAGAAAGUAAAGUAAUGAGCACUCUAAGCUGAACGAAAAUAACUCAGAUCCUACUUUGUUCUUUCAACUUGACAAGAGUGAACAGCCUGCUGGUGGUGCGUGCUCUGGAGUCUGAUCUGUUGAUGUGAUGUUAGUCAUGCAUCACAGGAGGUUGUACGUGCUGCGCAAGUGUGGCCUGUUGGAAGCCAGUCGCUGCACCUCUCCCAAUUCAUCACAUUAGUUCACUGAGAGUCUUGCUUCUCAGGGUUUCUGCUGCGCUGUACUUACGUUUUACGUUGAUGUUGAAUUUUUUUAACUUUUCUAGUGUAUGUGUCGGUAGGUAGCCUUGGUCUUUAUUUUAAUUGAGUAACCCGUGAAAUGUGUUUGUGAGAAAAGCUCAUUGAGUGUUCCACUGUUCAGUGUCAAUUCCUGAGGGAUAAGUGCCUAGUGUUCCAAGUUAUUGUCGACUGUGACGAUUCAAAUAUUAUUGAUUUGCACAAAAUUGUCUAUUAAGUGUUGAGUGAGAAUUUGUCAAAUUUCUUCAUCGCGGUUUUACAAUUCGACUGUGCAUGAAUUAAGCUAUCAUCGCUCCGUUCGGUAUUGGCUGCAUCUCGUGACUGAGAAAGUUGAUCUUUCGCUCGUCUCAUUGAAAUGUCAAGUGACACCUAGCAGCGUUGGUCCGAAGUAUUCUUUUUAGAAGUGCACUGCUCAUGUAGAUACUAGGAAAUAAUAACUUUUCUCAGUUCUGUUAUAUUUUUAAGUGCACCAUUGAUGUUAUAAAUGAAGACUGCGUCGAACUUUUAGUCGAAAUCUCUUUAGAAUUAAGCAAGCCAGUACAAAACUUUUGUGGCAAGGAAGAAGCUAACACAAACCGGCGGGAUACUUUAACCUGACGGCACUUUGAACCAUACUUUCAUACUUUUCUAUUAUCUGAAAAUCUCUUCCUUAUCUAAAGAACUUUGAGUUGAAAUGAUGCCUUAAGAGUGAUCUACAAUUUGCCAACCGCGACGCUAACUUGAGACGCUGCUUCUGGUUGCUGAAAGCUUCGAUAUGCCAUGUUGGCUGGCAGUGGUGGUGGUGGAGGUGGUGGUGGUGGACAGGUGGUGCACAGUAACGCAUUGGUGAAUAAUAAUGGCGCCCAGCUGGUACACAACAACACACACUUGAGCAACAAUGGCAGCGGACAAUUUCAUCCCCAAGCGCAGUCCAUUUCUUCAGGGAUAAGGUCCUCACCUAAUCACCAUGACACCAGUAGAGGACAAAACGCGAAUAAAAGCAACGUUAGCGGCAGCAACGCGCCGUCUCCGCAAGGUGGAGCUUCCCUCAACGCCAUCCCCAACCCGAGGGACGACCACAGCCCCAGGCUGGGGGUGAACGGCGUACUUUUCUCCCUGGACGAGAUAACACGCACCGCGUCGCCCACGCGCUUGUCGUCCACGGCGUCGCCCACACGCUUGUCUACCGACAGCCUCGUCAGCACUGGCGUCCAUCACGGUCCCGGCGCCAGAAACGGACACGCCAACACCAAUGGGUCCCUUGGGUCCCUGGGGCCCGAGGCCCGACCUGGCACUACGGCACUGGCUGACGAGAGGCCCAAGGACCCCAAGCCCCAAAGAUUGGCCCUGCUGGGGCUCGUCGUCGCGUUCGUGGGGACGUUGCUGGCUCUCAUCGCCGUCUGUACGUCUCAGUGGGCGCGCGCUGCUGGCUUGGCAGGCGGUUACCUCGGCCCCUUCAUGACGUGUCAAGACAGCUACAAGGGCUACUCAGAGUGCUCGCCCCACACCGCCUUCCAGCCCGCUGGUGCUGCGGUGUUCGCUGGAGUGUGCAGCGUGCUGUGCUGCGUGCUAGCAGUGUGCUGCACCGUGCUGUCAGCAGCGGUCUACAGUAUGCAUGCGUCCGGUCAGCGCGUGCUGCUCAAAUACAAAUACGCGACCGUCUCCCGCAUGGUCGCCUCAGCCAUCGCUGGCUUAUUGAGCUUCAUCGCGAUGGUGGCGUUCGUAGUGGAGGUGCAGCUGGUGAGGGGCGCCGCGGUAAGCGGAGGACCCUCGUCCUAUUCCCUCGCCUGGGGCUUCUACGUCCAGGUUUUAGCGACGCUGGUGUUGUGGGCGGCAGGCGGGGCCUCCAGCGCAGAAUGGCAGCGCUCGCGCAAACUCGGCGGCGACCCGACGAUGGUCAACCGUGACUCGCAAGGCCUGCAUGCCAACACCAUCUCCAACCCUCACUUUAAAGACGACAAGCAGCAAAUCAAAACUGUGUCUGCGUCAGUCCCUCCUCUUGUUAUAAGAAGUACGUCCCCCGUUUCGAGAAACACUUCCCCCGACGCACCGAAAGCUGGUUCCCCCAUUGAAAGAUGCGCGUCACCCAACGCGCGCGCUCAGUCGCCAGUCGUGCGCGUAACCCCGCUAGGACGAAGUGAAUCACCGUCAAUCAAGAGCUCAACGUCCUCAGUUCGAAGUAUGUCUCCCACAGGCCAGAAACAAAAUGCUUCCAAAGCGAACGUGAGAAAAGCUCAACCUAUUCUGCCGACGCCUUUGGACGUUCACAGAAGUAACGGCGUCUCAGGCUCGCAGGUGAACGGCCUGCCGUACAUGCUGGGGAUUCAACGGAACUCCAACGGCCACACAUCUUCUCCUGGAGCGCAGGCCAAGCGUUCUGUCUUCGACUUCAAUAAUAAGAUUAUUAAGAAUAAACCGCCUCGUGGGAGGAGCAGAUCACCGAAUGGUCGGUCUUCUAGUGCUCGAGGGACCAGGUCUCCGAAGAAUGUCCGCAAAUCCCAAAGUAAAGACGAUGGUCUUGCUUUCGUCCCAUACGAUCCUAAUCGCGCGCCCUUGCGUUCUUCUCUGAGGAAGCCCAGGACUCAGAGUGAAAGCCUCUCAACCGACACAACUGACGGAGGGGCUGAAGAAGGAGGUAUUCCUAACCUCGCGUUUGCUCAGAGCAGUCCCGUCACCAAGAAGAAGGUGCGCAUUCACACGCAGAGCACUGCCGUGUAGACCAUUGCUUCUCACGCAGUUUUUUUUAUUCUAACGUAAAUCUUGUAUGAGGUUAUGUAAGAUUUUCAGUAAGAGUUUUCUUUUUGUGCGGGAAAUCAUAACUUGCAUAUGCUAAUUUUCUCUUAGGUUCAUUUUUAGUUCAUAGGCUACUUGGUUGAGAUUGAUAUUUAUCAGUAUUUAAUAGAAAUCCCGAACGAAUUUUCUCCAUUUGCUAGGCGACUAUGUUAACUUGAAAAACGCAUUCCGUCCGUUUUCUCGCAACUGUAAGAUUACCGCAUUUAUGUAUGUAAUAUUUGGAAUCUCUAGAUGCUGCUACAAUUCGACAUUGUUUCUUUGAUAAUACGACUUUCUAGUUAAAUUAAUCGUGUACAGCAAUUUUUGUAAAAGUAAAUGAAGGCCCAUAAGAAGAGUGAGGUAAAGAAACGGUGGUAACAGUGCGAGUCCUGUUACUUCAGGAAUUAUUGUAUGUUGAUUCCUGGAAAAUUGUCGGUGCUCGAUAGUAUUAGCUUAACUAUAAUUACUACCUCUAUUCCAAUUGUUUGUUGAUAUUGCUGCGAAAAUUAUAUAUUAAUGUUAAAGUUUCAUCGAUCAUACGUGAAGGGUUAUUUGUAUAAUUUAAUUUAGGAAUCGAUUUUUGUUGCAAGAAAGACGUGUAGCACGCCUAUCGCCAUGCUUCUUACCGCGCCUGAGAUAACGACUUGUGAAAAUUAAUUUAUUUCACAUUGUUUUCAUAUCAUUCAGUGUUCUGUUGAAUUUCUCUUUCUCUAGGUAACAUCGACAUCUUAUAUUCAUGAAUUACAUUUGUGCCUCUAAAGAUGUGCAACGAGAAAUGUCAGUUCAGUGUGACUGCUGAAAGUUGCGUAGUGCCGCUUUGACUCUUGCUGGAUAUUAAUUCAUUAAUUUUUUCAUCUUUUAUUACUAUCUAGCGCAUCCAAUGAAACAUGCUAACAUUACGACAAUUUAUAUUGUUCAGCAUAUUUUGAUAUGUAUUUUAUUAGAAAUUCUCUCAAGCAAAUUUUGGCAGAGAUUGAGGGAGUCGUUGAAAAUAUUUUUUGCAUUGCCAUGCAUUGAAUUGCAUUUCUUGAUUGCAUAAAAUAAAAUAAUAGCCGCGAAUUUCUCUCAUGGCCUGAUGACAACUUGACGUUUAAUGCGCAAUAGAACAUUUCGAUUAAACUGUAAAAUGAAUGCACUAUGCCAGCGCGGUUGCACGUUGUGAAAGCGGAAGAUAUUUUCAUAGGGCAUCUAUUAACAUUUUGUUGUUAGGAUAUUCAAAUAGUGUAUAAUGAAAGUAAGCGUUAGGGAUCUAGAACUAUGCGAGCUGUGUUUUGAUAACUAAUCCGUCCAAUUGUUAGCUGUAUUUAAGUGCCGAGACUCGUGUACAAAGUUAGCUAUCGUGCCUUGUAAAUGAAAUGCUUUCAUCUUUGCAGUACCUAGACGACAAAUAUUUACUGCAGUAACGUUGAUUUGAUCACGGUUUUAUUAUUUUUUUAAUAUUCUUCAUCUUUUGAAGACUUUGCACCAAUCCGUUCUCCUUGACGCGCUCAUAAUUCGUAUUGUUCCGUAAAAAUAUCAAAACAGAUAAAUCACGACAAACAGUUUUUCAAUUUUCAUGAAACUAUUUUUACGCGAAGCUCCUGUGAUCAAUUAAGAAAAUUUCAAAAUUUUCUUGUCACAAAUAUGCGUGCAAUCAAACCCCUAACUUACUUAGUUUAAUAUUGCUACGAAGUUAUUGAUACCUUUAUGGAUGUCUAUAAUAAAAUGUCCUGUCAAAAUCAGAAGUUUGGAAAUGCGCAAGCAAUGUAGGCAAAUUUAGAGGUCAAUUAUUCCUCGAUUUUUUUCGUCAGUAGAAUGUGAAAUAUGCCCUGAGUAGAAAGGAAGCUGAUAAAUACUGAUUAACUUGAAACUUUAGAAAUACUUACACGACGAUUUCUUGACAUAAUCCAAUUCUCCGGGUCUCGUUUUGUCGUCCAAAAGAGACGACUCGGGUAGUUAUGUCAUGUCCACUACUGACACUUACCACGAACGUCUCACGAAGAGGAACGUUGUAAACUUGCGCUACGUCACGCGGUUGUCGUGUCCUUGGUUAAUGCGUUACAAGAAAGGGUGAUAUACAUUCCAGAUUCAUUCACAUAUGUAUAUAGAGGUUUUUAAGGGACUUAUUUUGCAAAAAUGUAACUUAUCGAUUGCAAGAUUGUUAUAUUAGGUAUCGUAUUAUUUAACGUUCAUUAUUGUUUGCAGGGCAAUGUUAUGUUGUACAAUAUAUGCCCUGAGAUCGAUGGCAUACGCGCAUUUAUCCAAGGAAAUAAAAGUGAGAAAGAAAUGUAA